AUGUGCUAUCACUUGACCAAAAAUUUAACCAAGCAUCUACUCGGAAUAGCGAAAGAAUCAUUGGCAAAUAAAAAACUAUUGCCCACUACCCGAAUUAAUCAUAUAGGUAAAACCUGCAGAAAACUAAUUACAAUACAUGCUAAAAAAGAUAAUCCAUCUUCAGAAGAUUUGAAAACUGAUAUCCAAAAUGUGGUGCAACAUGUAUUUGCGAAUCACGAACAUUGUAAAAUAGAUUACAGUCUUAAGCAUGGACAAGUAAGCAUACAAAAUGGUUUAAAUAAAGCCUCUACUGAGACGCGAUUACGAAUAUUUCGUAUAUUAGAAAGAGACUGUUUACAUACUUUAAACUCUAAAAAAGAAAAUGGAAUACAUUGUCAAAUACCUGACCUUCCCGAAGAAGAAAUCAAAAAACUAAUAGACCAACAAGUAGGACUAUUAGACGUAUCCAUUGUUGAAGUUGACGGAAUUGAACAGUCUACAAGACGUCAGAGUAAUAACCCAAAAUGGUUCGAGGAGAGACAACCCCGUCUCACAGCUUCUACUUUUGGAGACAUAUGUAAAAGAAGACUAUACUUCGAAAAAUUGGUUAAGACAAUUAUUUACAAAAAACUACCAUCAGCUGGAAUAUGGAAAGAUCAACGAAGAUGUAGCAAGAUAAGCAUAUACAUCUUUAACCAAAAAUAUUGUGACUUCUUGUGGAUUAUUCGUCUAAGACUCUAA